AGCGCUGCCUUAGGAAGGAAAUCUUCGUGCGACCAGAUUAAUUGGUAAUAUGCCAGGUGCGCAUAUUUGAGUAGCAGGUGAAUUAUGAAAUUAAAAAAGAAUAGUGGUCAAUUGUUAAAAUAGAAAUUCUUUUCUAAUAAUGGCCGAGCGCAUGAUAAAACGCAGACAGAAACUUAUAAAAAGCGCCUCGACGGAAAGCUCUGAGAUUCAAUUCGAUUUGCCAGUGAAACGUAAGAUUAAGAAACCGAAGGAACGAUGGCUUCUCACCAGGAAAACGUGGAGGUACAUGGCAGACGCUGGUCGAAAAUUAAUUCCAGAUGGGACGCAAAACCGCCCUGAAGAUAUCCCUCAAAUCGAGUCCUACUUCCAGGAGGUAUGUAAGAAAGAGCCGAGAUUUCUUCUCUGGCGUAAAAACUCGUACCCGGGAGCACUGGGAUUCCGGAAGAAACGGAAAGAUCGGCGAAAAGGCGGAAGCUGCCGCAAAGCAUGCUCCGCGGACGAAGUCGACGAUAUCAAACCGCAGAGGCCCAAAGACUUACCACUGUAUGCGUCAACGUCAGGAGGCCGCUUCGACAUACAGAAAAUGAAAUAUGACUUUCUAAAUUCACCUGUUACUCCAUCUACUCCAAGAACCAAGUCUGCUUUUAACACACCCACGCACGAGGACGACGAUGAAUCGAUGCUGGUAAAUAUGCUAGAAACUUACCUGAAAAUAUCCGAAGGAGAAUCGGUGAAGAAUUUCGACUAUCAAAUGCUAAUUGACAAAUUGCAACAACACUUAGUUGCAACGCACAUUCCUGUUCAAACCGAAACUAAAUUAUCUCCGAAACGCGAAAAUGUCCACUUCGAAGGGGAUCAUCUGCAAAAAUCCCUCACCGAAACGUUGAAUAGAUAUUUCAGUCAAAACGUGAGCAGGGAUAGGAUCAUAUCAGACUUACUUACGAAUAGAAAAGCCCUGCAAAAACUCUAUUUUGACUUAAGGCAGACGAGGGGUUUUAAGGGUAGACGCGAUUACAGCUAUACGCCACCCAAUUAUCUGUGGGACCAAUCGAUGCUGAGGAGCACAAAGAAUAAGCAAGAUAUUAGCGAUUACAGGAAAUCCGUUCCUCCGCCGUUAAUCGAAAUACAGGGUGAAAGUGUCGAGCCCGUCUAUGUAGACGGCGGCAUUCAGACAGAUCAAAUCCCCGACGAAGAUUUGUGUAAAAUCGAAGAGGAAUACAAGAAGUUGUUGGCGGAAAGGGAGGAAGAGGAGCGUGAUUCCCGGCCCUCAGGGUCCAGGCGGAAGAGCAGUGUCGACCAUGACGAUGUAUCGCAAUCAGUGAGUGAUACAAUAAAGCGGUAUUUGCGGAUGGCUCGGAAGAAAAGUGCGGAUUCGGAUAAAGUUGAUCGGUUCAAGCGUGUAAACUACGACCGGAAUUUGCGUAAUAUCAAAGCGAAAGGCGAAAUCACGAAACCGGGCGACGACGACGGACUAAACAAGGGCUGCCAAACGAACGACGAAUGGAUUUUAACGUAUCGCGAUUUAAAGUUCGAGAGUGCUCUUGAUUCUUCAUCUAGCACCGCUUAUUAUAAUAACCCAUCGGAGGAGGCUAUCCACCCGAACUCCCCGACCACCAAAUCCCAUUCAUUUCUCUCGCACCUCUUAAACAAACAUUCUCAUGAUAAAUCUUCAGCAGGAUUGGCCAUGCAAAAGUCCAAGUCCUCUUCCAGCGUUGUCCACCAUGGAAGUCGGCUCAUGGCCAAGACAAUCUUCAAACGCUCGAAGAGUCAAUCACGGACUGCCCAGCAGCCCUCCACUUGGACUCCAAAGGGUUCUUGUAUAUGGACUAGCGUUACUGGAAAGCAAGUUAUCCUUGCAGACACGACGCUGCAACACCUCAGCGACGUCGAGAGGAAAAUCCUUCAGAAAGUUGCUUUGGAUAAAUUGCAAGCUCUAAAUCUUGGUGUCACCGUUAAAGUACCUUCUGAUAAUGUGGUUGUUGUACCGAAGAAACGGAGACCUUAUUUAUUGAAGAGGAAAGCGCUCACAACUGGUAUUUUCGACACGAGUCGAAAGGAUGCAGACAAAGAUAAAGGUGCUGGAUCGGGAUUGGUGUUCGGAAUUCCGUUGUCGCAAUGCAUAGAUAAUGACAGGGUGAGGGCUGUCGGCAAUGCCUGUUACGCGUCUGGCGAUGAGCAAAGGCCUAUGGCGAGGACGGGCAGCAGGGCCAGCUUCAGUUCUCUGAUCGAUUCAACGAUUAGACAGGACGAGAAAGGUUCGUGCGACAGUUUAUCGAGGGACAAUAGGAUUGCAGGCAGCGUGCCCGGUCUUCUCGAUGCGAUCCUGUGUUCUUCGAGCGGAGACAUUACUGGGUCAACAAGCAACGAGGAGGAAAAGACUGUACCUCAUAUAAUUACCGAGUGCAUAAGACAUCUGGAGAUUUACGGCCUUUACACGCUUGGAAUAUUCCGAGUGAGCACGUCCAAGAAACGCGUGCGACAGUUGCGCGAAGAUUUCGAUAGCGGAAAAGAAUCUGUCCUAAAUAUCGACCAGUGCCCUCACGAUGUUGCCACUCUCCUGAAGGAAUAUUUAAGAGAUUUACCGGAUCCCUUGCUCUGCAGAGAUUUAUACAGCGCAUUUGUCCAAACACAAAGAAUAAGAAAUCGUAGGUUGCAGCUGGAAGCUUUACAACAUCUUGUUCAGUUGCUACCGUCAGUUAAUCGAGACACCUUGCUGGCUUUAUUGAAUUUUUUGGCCAAUGUCGCGAAACACUCGGCAGAUCAAACGGACGCACUAGGUGAGGUGCUGCUCGGUAACAAAAUGAACUCGACGAAUUUAGCUACGAUCUUCGCACCGAACAUCCUGCACGCCAUCAAGCCGGGCUCGAAAGAUCCCAGCGAGAGAUCCGAUGAUCGCAUCGAUGUGAUCAACGUGAUCAGAACAAUGAUCGACAACUCGCACAACUUGUUCGCAAUUUCUGCUGAGAUGUUAGAUGAAAUUUACGUGCAUAUGAUGGACACGAAUCCCGACGAGCUGGACGUCUUGCUGAAUAAGCGUGAGACGAUCGGCUACGCCGACGAAUCGCAAGACGAGAUAUCUGAUGGAUCGCUGCGGUCUCCCGGUUACACAACUGGAUAUUUAGAGGAUGGUAAACACGGCGACGACGAUCCCUAUAAACCGAAGAAGACUUAUUCCAGAGAAGAAUGUUUACACGAAACUGCGGCUACCGGUGGUCCCAAUGUUGCCAUGAGAAUUAGGCACAAAGAACGUAUUAAAGAGCGCAGUUUGAAGAAACGUCGAGACGAGUCCGCGAGUAGAUUGAGGAAGGAUGAAGACAGCGGUAGCAGCACGUCGAGUAUUUCUCGAUCGAGGGAUGGAAUCGCUUAUGCGAAAACCCGGUCUUCCUCGUUGGAAAGUAGCUGCUCGUUGCCGGGUGAUGAUCACCGAGUGAUGAAGUCUACGGAUGAACAACAAUCUGUGGAUCGAAGAAAAUCGACGCCUUACUUCCUUGAUCAGAGCGGUAUACUAACAGCCAGUUUGACAAUACCAGUACAAACAUCCUCAUUAAACAUAGACGAAGACAUUCCUUACAUUGAAGAUUCUUAUAAUUAUUCUGAUGGCAAGCACCAGAUGAUAAUAGGUAUGGUGAAACCUACAGCUCCACCACGCAGGAGGCACAGGUCGACCAGUGGUAGCGAUUCAUCUGUUGCAUCCGCGAUACAACCGAUCACUGGAAGUAUUUCGUUCGUACAGCAGGGCUACGAUUCGGCGAUCGGAUCAUCGCUAACAUACAGCAGUCCUCCACAUAACACCGCACCAUCAUCUAUUGCCAGUAGCAUUGCUGAUGCCUCAGGGAUGUGCAGUUCACCACCGUCGUGGGCCUCAACGCCUCCGACCUCCCCCGACAGCCAUAACACUUCCGUAAAUUACAUACCCGACGACAUACAGCAUCCAAAGUAUUUGACGAAGAAAACGACGACGAAGGAGUCCCCAAUGCUCCACAAAGUAACAUACACCUCAACGUCGGAGAUCCAAAGAGCGGGAAAACCUGCGGACAUCAGAAGAGAUAUUCCGAUGCGGAAGAAAUCUGUCGAGAUUCAGAAAUGUUCGAGCAGUCCCGUUUUUACCGAGCAAAAGGAACGUUUCAAUCCAAGUAUUACCAGCAUCGGUAACGCCGUUCUUCGCUCGAGGACGGCGGAUUUCGAGAGGAUAACUCAGACGUCGACUGAAACGAAGACGACGACGACCACAACCACAAUAUCGGAGAAGAAGAAAUACAAUAAACGACGAUACACCGAUUCCAGACACCAAACUCGGCAUAUACCAGACGCAGAGUCAUUGGAAUCUCAAACCAAGAAAGAUAUCAAAAGUUCUACGAACGUAUCACAGACUGUCUACAAACGGAGAGAGUUGAUUUCUAGUGUACCGACGGAAUCACGCUGAUUCCACUACUACCUAUUAUUAUUAUAUAUAUUUACUUU